GUCAUGUGGAAGUCACCUCAUUAAAUACCAAAUCCCUCUGUGUUGCUGAUGAACUUCUGUGUAUUAAGUAGUAAGACAGCAAAAAAAGUCUGUGUGACACGUAAAAGAAAGCAAAAAAUUUGGUAUGACACACGGGAACUAAUGCAACAGCUAAGUAUGUCAAACAGAGUACAGUACUGCUGACCUGACGGAAGUUAUUACAGUGCUAUUCGAGAGAAACCACCACCAAACUUCGCAAUUUUUGAGUUGCAUCCUACCCUGGUUUACUCAAUAUUAAGAGUUAUGGUACCUAAUGGAAUAAUAGUCAUAUUGAUACUGUAUUCAAUAUUUGGUUGUUACUGUCAGGAUUGCAGCUUGGUAAACAUUUGCUACAAGAGUGAAGAGCGUAUCCUCGACAGGUUCCAGAAGUCUGUAUGUGUGUGCCCAUAUGCACCAUGCAUCCCCCUAUCCAAUCCUUGUCCUGGAUAUUUAAAUAUUCAGUUUGACGGCAUAGCGACUGGAACUUCACUUCCGGCUGGAAUAUUCAAGGAAUGGGGUGAUUUGAAUGCCAUCAGUAUCCAUCAAGGACCGCCUGUCAAUAUCACAAAGGAAUUAUUCCAAUCACAACGACCACAUCUCACGAUACUAGAACUGGACACAUUUUCAAUUGAACAUAUUGACGUGGGCGCUUUUGAAGGAUUUCGUAAUCUUGAAUUUCUGGAUAUCAGACCGUUUAAAAUUAACAUAAUUCGAAGGAACACCUUUCGUGGUCUGAAUUCAUUAAGAGUGCUAAAAUUAUACAGUGGAAAUCUGACGGUGGUUGAAUCUGGUGCAUUUAAUGGUUUAAGUAAUUUAAAAAGACUUUGGUUAUCAAACAACCACAUUGACCGCAUACAGAAGGGAUUAUUUGACAAUCUUGUUCAACUUGAAGAAUUGAAAUUAUCAUUCAACAAAAUACACCACAUUGAUCCAUUUGCUUUUUCAAAGUUAUCAAACCUCCACACAUUGGAAUGCUGGGAUACCAAGUUGAGGAAACUUUCGCCUGAAAUGCUUGAUGGCUUGAAAUUUAUAAAAAAACUGAAUUUUGGUAAAAAUAUGAUUAGUAGGAUAGAAACUGGCACUUUUGCAGAAAUGCCUUAUUUGGAGCAUUUACUACUGUCCAAAAAUAACUUAACAACGUUCUCCUUAAUUGAUCUACACCUACCACUUCCUGGACUAAUGACCCUUGACCUUCAGUUCAACCAGAUUGAAGAUAUUUUAUUUCCAACUAAUACCAAAGAACCUUUGUUAGCAAACCUGACAAAGUUCAUAUUGAAUAGAAACCAAUUGGGGGCUGUCCCUAGAUUUAUCCUGGACUAUGCUCCAGUCAUGAGCUCCGGAUUUGCACCAGUGCCAAUCAGUUGCGAAUGUUUUGAAGUUACAAAUGCCACAAAUUCACAAGAUUCAAUAAAUUUGGUGCCAUCAAUGUCGUGCCCCCAAACAUGUUUUCUACCGACCAUUGACUGCACCCCAUCACUAGUAGAGCUAAAAAGCCUUUGGCGUCCGCCCACUAUCAUUAUCACUUGUAAUGUAACAGGGAAUCCAACGCCAAGUGUUACGUGGAAGAGGCCUAAUGGAAGAGUCAUCCUAGGGGACUACAAUCCUUGGGAGGGGGUAACCAAUCUAUACAUAAGCAAUAUUGAACUGCCUGACACUGGCAAAUAUGUAUGUCAAGUUGAAAACACGGCUGGCACAGCACAAUCAUCAACUUCAAUCAACUUUUUAGAAUCUGCAGCUGUGGCACACAUGCACAAUUUACUCUUACUUUGGAUGACAACAAUAAUACUUGUUAUUAUCCAAUAGCAAAAUUGCCUUCUUAUAGAACGAGUAUACAGAAUAUUUAUUUUGCAAGACAUUUUGAACUUAGAGAGAAAUGAUUAUUGACACAUUAUGGAUCUAUAAAUUUCAAAUACUCUUAUCUUUGAUAAUUAUGUAUCCUUGUUAAAUGUAUAGUAUCGUGUAUUCUACAUGUAUUUGCAUGUAGAAAUCAAUUGUCUAUGCAGUCCAUUUUAGGCAAAAAUUCAAAACUAUGAUUUUUGUUAUCCAAACAGCAACUACUUACUCUCAAAGCUGAAACAUGUAUUAAGUUAUGGGGACUGGUGGGCAAAGUGCAGCCCACAAGCCACAUACAGCCCUACAGAAAUUUUGUUGCAGCCAGCAAAAAUAUAUCAAAAACCCAAGAGUGUAAAUUCCACCUAACAAUUUGCUGUUAUGGUCUAAUAUAAAGGUAACAUUAAAACUGAGCAGAAAGGGGUGUAAAGCAGUGAGCGAACGUUUUAUAAGCACAAUGGAAACACCCAAAUUUUACCAUAUCAGCCCCUUCAGUGUUAAAUCAUUAGUUCGCUGGGGCUUGGCCCUCUGAUCCAUCUGUAUGCCCCUUACCUUGGGGAUUGCUACAAAUUAUCAUAUGUGAUCAGCUCUGGAAAAAGCUGUGGUUUGUCGCAAUUUUUAAUUUCACACAAGCACCCAAAAUGUUUGAAAAGCAGAAUUUUGAGCAUUUUUAUGUUUUUUUUUGCAUUUUAUAAAAGAAAAUAUUAAAGAACAUUUCUAAAAAACAUCAAUCAC